CGGGGAUGGUAUUCGUCGUCUUGGCUUCAUCCUCUCGCCCGCCGUCUCGACUGUAGCAAGCGGGGCUGCUGUCCGCCGCAUUCAGGAGCCAUGCGUGAGGGGAUGAGGGAGAGGGACAGAGGCGGGAGCCCGGAUGCGUCAGGUCCUCCGCCCUUCCGCGGCCCGGCGUACAAGACGAAGCUGUGCGCGCUUUGGAGGGGCAGGGGCGGCUGCCCCCGCCCCAACUGCGGUUUCGCCCACGGCGAGGCUGAGCUCCGAAGGCCGCCCCCUCGCGCCUCCUUCCAGCCUCGCCCACGACCUGGUAUGCACCACGCGCACCUCCUUCCGUCCCUCCCUCCCGCUCUCAUUAUGGAUCCGCGCUUAGUUUGUCGUUUUAGGGCUUUGCAUCACCUUAUCAUCUUCUUCUGGGUUUUACCGUACCCAAAAUGUUGUCGAUUCCAUGCCAAUUUGUCGGAUUAGGUUAUUUGGAUGGUUUCCCGAGCAAGAGACACCAGUGCGCUCUUCUUCAAAGAGAUGCAUAUUCGGCCUGUUUAUUCAUCGAGUUAUUGGGAUGAUUGGUUGAUGACUGGAGACACAGCCCAAUGUUUGAAUGCUAGUGGUGCAGCAAACACUGACAGAUAGCAAUGUGAUCUGAAUCAUAUGAUCUCAGGAGGAGAGUUAGCGAACAGGGAAGAUAGUUGCAACUGCAAGAAUUAUAUAAUGUUAACAAUUUGCAAGUGCAUCCUUUGAGGAUGUACAAAUGGGGUUGCAGAUGUUAAUGGCUGACAAUUCUGGGAGGUUUUAUAGUUUCUACCCGUUGCUGAGAAGACUCUACCCUUCAAUUGCAUAACAGUAUGAUGGUUUGGCACCUGAAUCUUUUCUCAGUUUGUGUUAUAUCUUCUCAUCUUAUGGUGCAUAUACACCAUGAUUCCUGUGUAGUGGUACUUGAACUGAGUGCUUGCUGCCGCAGAACACAAAAAUCAUCAACAAGCCUGAUUUCAUUGCAGAUAAUCUUGGCAUUGCUGGUUAUUAUUUUGAUUUUACAAUAGAUAUCUCAUGGACAGAUUUGUUGAGAUUGACUGCUUCCAGAGGAUGGCACAUCUUAUUUCCAUCCUGGCCUUUGUUUCAGUUGGCAAUCGGUCAUUUAUGAUACUUGAAUGCUUAACCUGCCUCAGAAGAACUGAACAUGGAAGAUAUUAUACAUUUUAUCUUCUCGAUGGGAUUCAUGCUAUGGUCAGUGAGCUUUAACAAUGCUAUUAGAAGCUUUUGCAACUAAUUGAAACAUGCCGUUUGAAUACACUGCAUCAAGCUAUAUCUGUGGCUUUAUUGUUACCUGCACUUCAAGUAUCAUCUUGGAACAAGAUUUUUGGCAGUCAUAUGGAUAACAUCUGAUCAAAUGAAAUUAAAUUUAUUUGGUGCUAUUCGAGUUUUGGAAGAUUUUACGUCAUGGUGAUUGGAACAUGACAUCUAAUUAAUUUUGGUGAUUCCAUCCAAAUUUACUUCAGGGAGAAGGGAUUACAGAGAUCAUGAGUUUAGACUCAGGCCUGAUAGAAGACACUCACCCCAUGGGAGGUAUUCCCCUGAAAGAGAUAUCAGGCGUCGUUCAUUUCAUGAUAAGAGACCAAGUUCUGAAGAUAGGGGUAAUCACUUUUUCUGUGCACAUUUGUGCCAAUAAAAAUAUUUGCCACUGUCCAUUGUAUCUUCUAACUACUCCCUGAGAUUUGAUUUGCAGGAUCUAGUCAUUCAAGAUCACCUAUUAGGAAGAGGUAUGUAGGAACGAAUAACAAUUAUUAGGGAUUCAAGAUCUAGUCAUUAGAAGUACUUAAAUUUGUUUAUUACAUCGGGCUAGUUUAUCUUCAUGUACCAUCAUGACUUAAUCCCUGCUAAUUUAUUGGUUUCCUAAUUUUUUAUAUGUGCGAGCUGCAAUGUUAAGUUUGUGGUUUAUGAGACCUUUUAUUCUAUUGUUCAACCAUGAUCUACCAUGGAGUCUCAUUACCAUCCAUUUAUAACUUUGGGGUGGGGUUGUAGCCGUGUAGGGUCAUGAAUGUUGGUAUCACCAAGGAGGGUUUUGAUCUUAUGUUAGGCAUGUGAUCUGUAUACAUGCUUUUUUUGCAAGUUUAUGGCUUGCUUGUGAAAUUGCCUAUCUUUAUGUUUAUGUUCUAUGGCUGCUCAGUGAGAGAAAACAUAGUAAAAGUCCUGAUGGUGGAGAAACCGAUUCAUCCGUAAGUGUUCGAAGUCCUGAUAACGAAGACAGAGGAAAAGAUGAAAGGUACUUAAGCAGUGAUGAGAAAAAUGGUCAUGAAGAUCAACUGAAACAAAUGCAUCUGGACAUGGAAGCAUUGCGUGAAGACAAAUCAAAGCUGGAGAUGAUAUUAGAGAAGAAGACUGAUGAAGAGCACAAACUUUGUAGCAGAGUAGAAGAUCUUGAAUUGCAAUUGAACAAAGAGAAAGAAGAUUGCCAAAGGAUGUCCUCCAAAACCAAAAAGCUAAUCAAAGCACAUGGGCGUUAUAUAAAAGCACAGGAGGAUUUAAAGAGGUCUCAGGCUCGCUUUGAGAGGCUAGCAGAUUUGCUUGCUUCAGAUAUUUUGAAGCCUUGUACCAAGGAGCAGGGUUCCAUAGGGAUUACUGCCAAUGAAGAUCCAUAUAAUGCUAAUGAAAUGAGCCCAAGUGACCAAAGACAAAACCAUGUUUCAGCAUCGAGAAAAAGACUUAUUUCCCUCCCAACAAGUGAAGAAGCAAAAACUGGAAAGAGACAGAGAGAGAAUGGUGAUGAUAUGAUCCCAACAUCAGAGAACUAUAGACCUGAAGAUGCCCUAGAACAUCUCCAAGAUAGCAAGGGAACUGAUCUACCAGAAUCAUUUACAGUGAAGAAGUUAAGGGAGGGUGACAACGAUGAUGUAGGAAACAUUGUCUCUUCAAGCAAUAUUUUUGCGGAUAGGUACACGGGCGAUGAUGAGGAAGUUGAUGUUGAUUAGUGAGCGGAUGCUGUCGGUGGUUGAUAAUGAUUUGAGCUGUAGGAAGCUAUCUCAACAGACGACAUGGAUGCCAGCUUCUAAAACUACUUUUAUGCCUUUUGCAUUGGGUAAUAGGGGCUGGUAUAUCUGGUAGAGCUAUUUAUGUGCUUAGACUUGAGUUGUGAUGCUGUCAAACAUAUCUAUACUUCUUUUUCUUUUGUGUCUCCUGGGGCUCGAAGAGGAUACUAAUCUGUGCUCGCCUCAUGUAUUAUUCUUAGCCAGUAUGAGUAUUAUUUGAGACUUUUGGAUUGGUUGUGUUAUUC